GUAAUAUUAGCUGUCAGCUUCACACAGCUAAUCCGCUUACUGCUGUAGGCGCCCCCCCCCCCCCCCUUUACAUCCCUUCUGUGAGCAGUAAUAUUACAUAAUUCGUUUUUCGCUCAUGAGCCCGAGAUCGGACUUUGCCAAGGGAAUCUCAAUUCGAACUAUGUUAUUUAUAUGCACUGGAGAAAGUGAAUACAUAUAAAACUGCACAUUACCAAGAUUUGUCCGACUCGUAGGCGCUUCGUGUAUAGCACCUGCGGGAGGGACUCACUUUCAUAGUCGCCUUCCACCUUCUCUUUAUGAUACCUUAGUCUAUCCGUCGUUUUGAUUCUCUCGAAACUUGGCACCAUUGGGUCGCUGGAUUUCAACAUCGAUAUCUGACCGGUUUUGCUAUGCCACACCCACGUCAACGACGAAGAACUGCUAUUAUCAUCGCCUUUGUCUUUGUCUUUGGUAUCACCUACUGUCUCUUUCCUGGGACUGUCAAGAAAGCGCACCAUGGCGAUUCAGUGACUUGGCCGGACGACCGCCGUAAAAAAAUGACGGUCGCCGCACUCUCCAAAGAUCCCGCUCAGAAUGAAAGAAUUGGCACCAUCCACCAUCCCAAACGCCCCAAAUCUUCAACUAAGCAGAAUUUGUAUCCUAUCCCUCCACCGAGGAUCACGAUAAUCGCAAUCUGGGCAACGACGAAUGAGCCCAGAUCAUACCUUCCCAACUUCUUCGCAUCUGUAGCCGAAAACCCCUCAAUCGACCUCCUCUUCGUCAAGUUCGACAAGUAUGGUGUUGGUUGUGGCUUGUCGUUGGUACCGCCCUCAAUCGAGCAUACCAAUAUCCGCCAGUUAUGUUUCCGAUACCAGGAGUAUUGGGACUUACAUCGGGACUUCCUUUGUGACAAAAGGCGAUGGAAUUGCACACUGGAAGAAAGAGAUACCCUUGGCGAAGCGCUCUACAAAAGGGGGAAAAUUGAUUGGGUGAACUCUCAUUUUCGCCCAUUCCGCUCCGCAGUCUUUCGAAAAUGGCUAAAUCCUGGAACUCCUACAUGGGGAUGGUGCGAUAUGGACACAAUGUUCGGAAACUUCGAGCGGAAUUUUCCUUUUGACGUUUCGUCGCAAUUCGAUGUUCUCAUUCCCGGGCAACCUGCCCACGAUGAACAAGUGCUGUUGUUCCAUCCCGGACACUUAACCUUCUUUCGUCAUUCCGAGCGUGUGAUCGACGAGUACAUGAAGUAUCCACGACUAAAAGAUCUCAAGACUUGGCUAAGAAUCGGUGAAGACAAGACACUGGAGGAGGACCAGGGCUGGGAGUCACAUCGCCUUCGAGAUUGGAUUAGUGAAGGAGCCGGUGUCGACGCAGAGGAAGUCGAAUACUCGACCUAUACCCUCACGAAUCCUCGAUUAACCUUCCUCCGAUUCCCCGCAUUGAGCUUCACAUCACACCACUUAUCCUCAGCAUCACUCGGGGUUUAUGGUGUCACGGAUGGCGAUCGUUUGGACUUAAUCACGCCAGCUACCAGCGCCGCAAAUCGUGAGCUAAUACGAAAUAUUUUGGAGGAGCGGAAAGAGGCGACUGUUCCUCGCCACAACCCGUUCCAACUAUUCUCACCCGAAGGCUACGAAUACGUUGUCAAGUUACAUAAUGCGACAUUUUCAGGAUGGCUUUGGUUUCCACUCCGUUAUUCUGUGCACUAUGAGCCGGAUUUCAAGUUGGCGGAUGCGAUGGGGUUCAGGAGGUAUGUGAUGCGUCGAGCUGCUAAUGGUCCUGUCACGGAACGCCUGGAACCGGCCGAACCCAUCUUCAUGCAGCCUCCAUCGGGCAACUUGAAAAACGAUCCGAACGCGAAUAAGGAGGCCCGAUCUGGGCAGCCGAUACUGUUUGAGUUCCUUUACAAUCAUUUCCAGGUUGAGAAGUUUCAAAAAUGGUGGAUACUCCCUGACACUGCCCUUCAGCCUUCGGAUAUUAUGUUCAUUGAUCGUGACAGAGGGAUGCAAAUCUGGAAUCGGGGCGGAACUGUCACUUUCCGCGUCCGAAAAGAGGAUGUCGAAUGAUUGAACCUUUCACACACGCCCGUCGGCCUUACUAACUGGAUAUUGCGCUGGUUCAAGCUCAGGGAUUGCAAUUCUCGGUUACGGCAGCAAUUAUUUAUUACACAUUCCCAAAUAGAAUUUUUCUCAUGUAUUUCUUUUGUUUUCUUCGGCAUGCAUUUUCCUUUUUCUAUACCCAUUCCUGGAUAGAUUGAUGCACUUGUUUUCCAAUUCCCCCAUCCUUGUGGGACUUAGAUGCCCGUGAGGACGCAUCACGUAGGCACCACGAAGGUCCACCGGCACCCAACAAUACUGUACCGAACGCCCUCAGUGUAGGGCGGUAGGAGUGAUUUUGGAAUCCCCUAUCUAACACUACCAGCACCCCAAAUCCAAAAAACGUUGGGAAUGGGUACUUGAUUGUAUAAGGCGUUACCGCUUACAUAACCUGUUUCCCUCUGUAUAUAAAGCAAGAAAACGAACCAG